AAAAGAAAAAAAGAAACCGCCGCGCAAGUCAACGUGACUGGACAGGCCACAAAGGAGCGGGUACAAAUUAGUGGCGGACGACUAUACUAUAAAAAAAAUGUUUCUGGGGUUCCUGAAAAUGAGUCACCAGCUGAAAGACUUCAAUUAUCAAAGUGUCGCUGGGGAAAACAGCCGCGCGUCUGAGAGCAUCGGGCAGCCCGGGCAGCGAGGAGAACACGAAGGUCAAGAAGAAGAAGAAGCGGCGGGGCAGCGUAACGAGCGCGUCUGUUUACGACAUCAGCCAUUUCUCAAAAAGCAAGAUGAGCAACGUUCUCUGUCUUCUUCUGGGCCUUUUGUCUUCUGCACUUGUGCACACAACCCUCAGCAAACACCACCGACAUCUCAAAUGGGGGGACCACUCUGCCAGCUACGAGGUGCCGUUCUUCUUCCAGCCUUUCCAGCUCGGCGUCCCAAGUCGAACGCAGAUGUUUGGUGUAAAUCCUCCGAUUCCACAACAGACUGUGUUUCAGCGCUACUUGUCUGGACUCAGACCUUACGGACCAGCAGUGAAGAUAUUUUAUCCGUAUCGAUAUCUGCUAUUCCAGCAAGUGGUCGUUGUCUAUUACCAGCUCUACGUAAGUCGGUGCUUUUUACAGUUGCCGUGCGCUGCUGGCACAGCUUCCCUUUGGCCACGCAUGAGAAAAACGCUCAUCAGCUACGGCUUCUCUCUGUCAGACUGCAUGGCCAGCCGUCUAACGUGUCGCCCGGUCGCCUGCUCAAGCAAGCAAAGCCGUCGAACCUGCGGGCUGGCAGCGAUGCCCAGAUGUUUAGUAGAACUGGUGCAAGGCGCUAUAAUGGGGGGGUUGGGGGGGACAGCAAGUCCAAGUGUCUGUUUCAGCCAGAAGGGGGCAGAUAAGAC